AUGAUCCGCGAGGCGGUCUUGCAUAUCGUGACGAUUUUUUUUGUCUUAAGAAAGUCGACAAUAGCUUUUCCUUGGACCGAUGCCCAGGUUCCACGGAAGACUGGAGCCGUUUCGCCCCCCCCCUAUGCCUCUCAGAGUGUAAAAAGGGAUGUUUUGACAGCACGGCCGCUCCGGGCUAGCAACAAGCCUGACCUCGACAAAUACAUAUUCGGAGGCCAGCAAUUCGGUAGUAAUCGUGAACGAUUAAAAUCUUCGAAAUCGUCCAGUUUAAAUGUACUCGUAAACGUUGAUGAAGAGCGGAUAGUGUUGUUUACUUCCAGGAACAAAUUGUUACUGCCCUUUUAA